GCAGUGAAAGAUACAACACUGACACGUGCAUUCUUACCAAUACCGUUAUUAAUAAUACCACCAUGUGUAAUGCCAUUUCUGGAAAGGUUUAAAUGGGUAAUGAAAACUACACCACGCCAUAUUUUUGUGAAUGCCGUUGUUUGUACGCUCAGUUUUGCAUUCAGCUUACCCAUAUCACUGGCAUUAUUUCCGCAAGAAUCUCGAGUACGUUUCGUGUGUGUGUGUGUUUUUUUUGAAACCUUAUAGGC